CGGUUCCCCAGACGCCACGGAUCAGCUACGAAUACCUGCCCAGCUCACAACCCACUCGAAUACGAGCUGCCUGUAAGGCCGACGUUGGCUUCAAGCCGAAGAUGUUGGUCUGGUACAUCAGACGGCCGGACGCCAGGUAUUUUACGAUGAUCGACAAACAGCCGGACGUUGUCCAGGAGACAGACGGCUGUCAUACUGUCAGCACCCGCAUGUUGGACAUCCACAUGAACUCGGAGACUCGAGGCACCCACUUCAGGUGUGGCUACCCCGGGUUCAUCGAAAAGGAUGGCAUGUUUGAUGAGCUAAUUCUGGACAUAGACACCAAAGGAGUUGAAGAAGUGAGAGCAGAUGCGGAGAUGGCUGCUGUUUGCGAUGACAAGCUGUGUGACCUACAGAACGUGGGGUCGGAUUUCAGCACACAACUGCCUGCCAACAACCUGGCUUCUCCCACAAAUGUCCGAGUGACCACACGUCUAGUGUGGACAGCAGCAGUGAUAGCCACCCAGUGUCUCUGGCUAUGGUAG